GAAGAGAAGAGAAGAGAAGAGAAGAGAAGAGAAGAGAAGAGAAGAGAAGAGAAGAGAAGAGAAGAGAAGAGAAGAGAAGAGAAGAGGGAAAAAAAAAGAAAAGAAUCAGCUCCACCUGAGUUGUUCAGUCUCUCAGGUUACCUUCUCUAAAUAAGACUCCUCCUGGGUCAGCUGUCAGUGGAUGAUGUGUCUUUAAUGUGCAGUGGGGCAUGGAACAGGAACCCUGUUGAAUGGACUUGACUGGUCGGUGAUGGCAGGAUCAGGUGUCGCUCUGAGGCUGCAUGAGUUCAGAGAGCCUCAGGACUCUAAAGAGCUCGACAGACCAACUAAACUAACCCCGAAAGCUUCACGUCUGGGGAAGGAUGUACAGGGAUUAUAUCCAGGACAGCUGGCCAGAGUCCAUGCUGUCCACUCAAAGUACUGUGGCUAUAAUCACCACAGCAUAACGGCUCAGUCGCUCAACAAGUCCCUUCAAUAUCCAAACCAUCAAGUGGAAAACCACCAGGCGAGUUUUGACAUCUGCACCUUGAGAGCUCUGAGUCUCCUCCGACACAGUGCUGAAGUCUGGGAACAGCGCCCCCCUCAGACGGCCUACCAGGAGCACUUUGGGUUGCAGUCUCCUCUCUUUCUUCAGUGACACGUUAUAUUUAUUCUGUCAGAUGACAUCAAGCGCUAUUUUGAAACCAGUUCUCUCCCAAUUUGAUGUGCUCAUAUUGAUUCUACAGCGACCAACAAAGCCGAACCGAAGCACAUUAUUCGUAUAUUUGAGGAGUUCAGUUGCAAAAACAAGGCUGUUCAUUCAGCCACUUGGCAUUGUCAGAAAUGCAGCAUUUUUUUUAAGAAAUGCAGCAUUUGUUUAUUAGUUACUGAUGGUCAGAAAUCACGGCAACAUAGAAUGUGGCCAUUUAUUAUAGAUGUACCCACAAACAUGAGCACAGGUGUGUGUUAUGCAUGUGUACGUUAUGUAUGGACACUGAAUCGCAUGACCUAAGUAUGUAGCGGGUGGUGAGAAUUGAUGGGACUUGGAAACACCCCCACAAUUUAAUCAAUUGCUCCUCUUUGUGAAAUUUCUGACGGAAAAGUCCUGAUAAGUCCGUAACGGUUGAUUUGUAGUAGGAUCACAAUCGUGAUCAUCAGCAGGCAGCUGACGUAGUGUUCACUUGUUGUCAUAGUUACAGUGAUGCCGUGCUGCUAUCUCACAAUGAACAGAAAUCUUUAUCAAAUCUGUGGAUCCAGACUUAUAAGCUGCAUCACAGCCAAAGUCUAAUCACUUAGUCCUUGUGUCAUUUCUGACCUUCCCUGAAAAUGUAAUCUAAAUCUGUUAGUCUGUUUUUGAGUAAUGUUGCUGACAGACAGACAAACGUAUGCCAACACCAACCAACAACCAACAACCAAACCAACGCUGUUUGGUUGAGGCUUUGACUGUGUAUAAAAGCAGGUACACUUCAGUACUAAAUACAUAAGGCUCAUGGACAGGACACAUUUUGAAGCCUAGUGUAGUGGCUUUGGCCAUAAUCUUGCCAUUGCCUCACUCUUCAUAACUUCUGGCUAAUCCAAAAAUGAAUAAAGAGUAAGAGUGUAAACGGAGCUGAGGUGGGCCAAGCACAUGUCUCUGGGCAUGGACUGUUCUACGAUGGCAACCACCUGUCACUCAAAGCAGCCACAUCCUGAAUCAUGCAGAAGUUUAAUUUAAACAGAUGAGUUCUAUAAGGAUUCGCCCCUGUUAACACGUGUCAUUACUUUAGGUAGUUAGCUAUAGAGACCAAAAACACUUUUAGCACCAGGCUGUUUAUUUCUAACAUUUUCACAUGAAAGUUUGUGGGAUUUGACUCACUUUUGGAGCCAGCCUCAACUGGGCACAAACUGCAGGCACUUCUGUGUUGGCUUCAUUUAUCAGGAAAGUAAAAUAGAAUGGAGAUAGCUGUUUUUGCACAGGACCCCUUCAUUUACAAUGGUUGUUUGCAGAAUAAAUUAUUUGAUGUUCAUGUUAGUCUGCAGUAGAUUUGAGUGUGUAAACAGAAACAAUAGUACCGGUAGUAGUGUCAUUUUUGUAAUGAUGAUAUUAGAAACUAGUGUGACUAAUGGAGAAACAGCUGACAUAACUCAUGCAGAAGGGCCCUGUAAUUAAUCUUUGAAGCUUGACUGAAAAUGUAAAAUGCAUACUAUUGUGUAUAUCUUAAUCUAUAUUUUUGACUUGUUGAUUUUAGUUUGUUUGCCAUUUGUAAUUAUUUUACAAGUGAAAUAAAAAGAAUUUUUGCAUGCGUAA